AUGACGACCGCACUCGGAGAGGCGAUGCCCGCCGGCGAUGAGCAUGCUGUGAGCGUCUCCCUCCCCCAAUGGGGGCACUUUGUAGCAAUCAUCCGCAACGACGCAGAGGUGCUGGGGGCUCUCAAGGCCGGGUACCCGCGAUUCAACAUCCACCGAGAUGUCCUGAGCCUGGAGAAGAAGCUCAUUGCAUGGGCGGCGUCGUCAUCUGGCUCUGGACCGGCACUGGCGGCCCUCCCCGGUGAGGGGGUGAAGCUGUUCCCCAGCGAGCGAAUGGCCAAGGAGUGUCGAAGACAUCUCGACAAGGUCGUAGAGGCCACCGGCGGCAGCAAAGACGCCGUGCGCAUCGCACACAUUACCUUGGACGGCGCUCUUGAGCAGAUUGGUGCCGAGGAGUCGACGGCACGCUUCGACGACCACGCCUACGGACACGUCUAUGUAGUGGCAUAUCCCGCUCACCUGACCCGCGUCGCCUUUCAGUUCUGGCUGUUAACGGGCUAUGGCGUCUCGAGCCGCUUCGCGUCGUUUUGGCUGAACAAUGCCCCUUUUCUCAGGCCCGACCAUCAGGAGGACGCAACUGGCCGCUGGCGAGAGGCAUUGCCCGUGGAAGAGGCCAAGGAGGCUGCCAACGCGAUGCGAAACCACAUUGCGUCUCUCUACUCGAUAGACGAUGUCAAGGCCACGGCGGAGGAUGUGUUUCUGUUUCAGUGCGGCAUGGCAGCGAUUACGCAGACGGCCGGCAUCUUGAGGGCGUUGGCGGGCGAGCGGCAAGACUAUCGCAUCGCCAUGUUUGGCUUCCUGAACGUCGACACGGUCGCGGUGCUCGGCAAGGUCCUCGGCUUCGGAUGCGCCUUCUACGGGCACGCCUCAUCCGCAGACCUCGACGCCCUCGAGGCCGAGCUCCAGUCGGGGAAGCGCAUCGACGCCCUCUUCACCGAGUUCCCGACCAACCCACAGCUCAAGCUCGUCGACCUGGAGCGGCUGCACGCGCUCGCCACGCGGCACGACUUCGUGCUCGUCAUCGACGACAGCAUCGGCACGCCGGCCAACGUCCUCACGGCGCCGCACUGCGACCUCGUCAGCUCGAGCCUCACCAAGAUGUUCAGCGGCGCAUGCAACGUCAUGGGCGGCAGCGUCGUCGUGAGCCCCUGGUCGCGCCGGCGGGCGGCCCUGCGCGCGGCGCUGGCGGCCCGCCACGAGGACACCUUCUUCCCGCUCGACGUGCUCGUGCUGCGCGCCAACAGCGCCGACUUCGAGGCGCGCGUCGCGGCGGCGAGCGACAACGCGCGGCGCGUCGCCGAGCAGCUGCGCGGGCACCCGCUCGUCGACGAGGUGCUGUACCCGUGGGGGUCGCCCUCGCAGGAGCGCUACGACAGGUUCCGCCGCAGCAGGCCCGGCGGCGGCUACGGGUUCCUGCUGUCGGUGCGGUUCCGCGAGCCGGACGCGGCCGUGGCGUUCCACGACGCCCUCGAGCUGGCCAAGGGGCCGAGCUUCGGGACCAACUUUACGCUCGCGUGCCCGUACACGGUGCUCGCGCACUACUCGGAGCUGGAAUGGGCGGGACAGUUUGGCGUUCCCGCGCAUCUGGUGCGCAUCAGUGUCGGCGUCGAGGAUCCAGAGGUGCUGCGCGUGGCGAUUGGGAAGGCCCUGGACGCUGCCGAGGAGAGGAGGGCUCUCUAG